AUGCUGGUUUUCGGUUCCCCUGUCUCGCACAAGCGUGGCUGCCUCCUCAUCCCACUCGUGGCGCGGUACUGCUGCUCUUUCUCUCUCGCUGUCCCUCUUUUGCAUGUGUUUGCCCUCCUAGUGCGUGCUGUGCUGGGGCCCUCCUCUGGUGGAGUGGAAAUGGCGUCGGCGACAGCGGCGGCCACGACCCUGGAGGAGGACGAGUAUCGUGCGGCAGAAACGCUCACUGACGCGUUUUUGGAUUGCGCCCGCUACAACGACGGCGAUGACGCAAGGCAACUGUUGGCGUACCUCGCCGCCACGCCCUCGCUCGUAGAUGCAAGAGACGAGCAGGGCCGCACUGCGGUUCAUCUCGCCGCCGCGAACGGCCACGUUGGGGUUUUGGAGUUGCUCAUGGAGUUCGGUCCGUCGCCGGACGUGCCGAAUCAUGAGGGCAACACCGCCCUGCACUUUGCUGCCCUUAACAACCAACUCGAGGCGGCCCGGCGACUGUUGAGGUGGGGGUGGCAUGCGUCCACAAGAAACGUGUUUGGUAAAACGCCCAUCCAGUUGAUCUACGGAAAGAAGUUCGAGGCGAUGGAGACCCUGUUGCUUGAGCACGACGAAGAAGUAGAAUGCUACACGCGAGGGACAGGGAGUCUUGGGGAGGAAGAAGCGAGUUCCCCACCGAAGCCGGAAGCGGGGGCGAUGGCGAUCCCGGCGGGUGGCACGUCGCUGCAGGGAGCUCCUGCUCCCGGGGAUCGCAGCGGGCAACGCACUACUGGGGAUUCGAUGUUCCCCACAGACGCAAGGAACUCGCCACCGACGCAGCAUACUGAUCCCACGAGGCUUUUGGGCUCUAGUGAUGUCGAUGGGAUCGAGUAA